AUGGCUGACGCGGCGGCGCAGGACACCACCGAGCAGCGGCUGCUCCACCUGAAGCUCGCGUUCCUCGCCGGGGAGCCUCCCGCCUGCGUGCUCGCACUCGCCAGAGAAGCUGGGGGAGGUUAUAUCACACCGCAUGUCCAAAAAAUUCUUUUGGAGACUUGCACUGGCUCAAACGUAGAAAGAUGUCAAGACUCUAUUUAUACAACAAUUAUUUUUAAAAAGAUUAUAUCUGAGGUUGAAUUAUCUUCAAAUGUUGUGAUUGAUGAACUUUAUGAGGAAUUUGCUCAACGUAUGUUGUCUAAAGCAAAAGAUUCAUUAUUAAACAAGACAGAUCAUAUUUAUAAAGAAAUAUCUUUUCUCUCUUCUACACAUAAUAACAUUUCUUCAAAGCUAGUAAAUGUCGUUGCUCGACUAUCAUGUUCUUCUAAUAUGCUUGAAGGAGAUACAGGGUGUUCUCUUUGGCCAUCAAGUUUAUUCUUGUCUGAAUUUAUUCUUUCGUACCCUAAAUUUUUCUCCACAAAGUGUUGCUUUGAGUUAGGUUCCGGUGUUGGUUUGGUGGGCAUUUGUCUUAAUCAUGUCGGUGCCUCUAAGGUUAUUCUUACUGAUGGUGACCCAUGUACACUCAGAAACAUGAAGGAAAAUAUGGAACUGAAUAACUUAUGCAUUGAGCAGGAAGAUUCUAGAGUACUAAAAGAAAGCAAGAAUAAGGUAGAGUGCAAAUAUCUUUCUUGGGAAGAAGUGUCUGAAAGUGAUUUAUGGGGCUACCAGCCAGACGUAAUAAAAUCAUAA